GUAGAGAUUUCAACCUCGGUCGGAGGGGGCGGAGCGGGCUGGGAGGCGCUGCUCCACUCCCAUGUUGCUGUUUGUUUGCGGGGUGGCGGCGCUGUGUGCGGACAGGGACACGUAGUGAGCGGAGGGUUGUCGACUGGUCCGCCUGCACGCCUCUGGUGGAAUGCUUGCUGCAACUUUUUCGAAAGCAGAGCUGAAUGUUGAAGGUUUCUGACGUCUGGUUACCGACUUUUGCAGUGAAACACCAGGACAUAUGGCUGUAAGGUCCUGCUCGGGUCGUGUUGUGCGCAAGCAUUCACAGUGUCUUGUUUGAGCGACAGACAGUCGGGAUGCUGGCGCUCGUUUGAGAGCACCCCGCUGUGUGUUCUCCGGAUUUCCCUUCCCUUUUCAAACCAAGUUAUUCUUUGGCGACGACCAGGCCCAUUUAAAAGUCAUUUUCACACUGUAAACUUCCAAAAAAUGGUAUUCUUCGCUUUGUCUUCGGCUCGGAACAAACCUGGAUAACGAGAGGAGCAGCUACGUGACGACGACCAGCGGUGUGCUCCGUCGAGGCACAUCUGCCCCAGGGGUUAUCCAGCUGUGCCGAUUUUCAUCAGCAAUUGAUGCAUCUCGGGGUAUCUGAGUCCAUGAGAGAGUGUGAGUACAGCCAAAUAAGCACUCGCAGCUCCACACCGAUGGAGACCCCGUACAAGAAAAGGACCUCAAGGAAGAGGAAGUGGGAGUCUUUCCCGGGUCGGAGUAAAUUUUACUGUGAUGGGAGGAUUAUGAUGGCCAGGCAGACAGGGGUUUUCUGCCUCACCCUUGUCCUCAUUCUUGUGACUAGUGGACUUUUCUUCACCUUUGAUUGUCCGUUCCUGGCUCUGCAGUUAACCACAGCCAUCCCAGUGAUAGGUGGUGUGCUGUUUCUGUUUGUACUGGGGACACUGCUGAGAACCAGCUUCAGUGACCCAGGGGUGCUGCCCAGGGCCACUCCGGAUGAAGCAGCAGAUCUUGAGAGGCAAAUAGACGUGGCUAAUGGCAGUACAGGCUACAGGCCUCCGCCCAGGACCAAGGAGGUGGUCAUCAACGGUCAGACGGUCAAACUGAAAUACUGCUUCACCUGCAAGAUCUUCAGACCACCACGUGCCUCCCACUGCAGCCUGUGCGACAACUGCGUGGAGCGUUUUGACCACCACUGUCCCUGGGUUGGAAACUGCGUGGGGAGGAGGAACUACCGUUUCUUCUACAUGUUCAUCCUCUCACUCUCCUUCCUCACCAUCUUUAUUUUUGCCUUCGUCAUUACACACAUCAUUUUACGAUCUCACCGAAAUGGGUUCCUCAACGCACUUAAAGACAGUCCUGCCAGUGUGCUGGAGGUGGUGGUGUGUUUCUUCUCGGUCUGGUCAAUAGUGGGCCUCUCAGGCUUCCAUACCUACCUGAUCAGCUCCAACCAGACCACCAAUGAGGAUAUAAAAGGUUCGUGGUCUUCUAAAAGAGGGAAGGACAACUAUAAUCCUUACAGCCAUGGCAAUAUAUUCACCAACUGCUGUUCAGCACUUUGUGGACCCCUGCCACCGAGUCUCAUUGACAGACGGGGUUUUAUCCAAUCAGACACACUGCAGCUGGCACCACCAACGAAUGGCAUCACUAUGUAUGGGGCUACCCAGUCUCAGCAGAGCCACAUGGUCAGUGAGACUGGGUCAGAAAGUGUGACCAAGACCAGUGCAUUCAGAGCACCAAAUUCGUUUUGCAGGCUGCCACCACCCCUCUCCUCCAGCAGCAGACCAGUGAACCAGUCAUUCUGACCACCUCCCCUGAAAAUGGAGGCUCUCUACCUGGACGCACCUCGCUCACACUGGCCGGCCCGUGCACCUCACUCCCCCUCGGCCAGCCCAC